GGAGACGUUACCGUUGAUAGCGAAAAUAGCCGGGCAUUACCUGCCCUGAAGAGGGCUUACAAUACAAGCAGGGAAACACACCAGCCAUGGCCGCAAAUCCCGCCUACUCCGACGAGGACUCGAGUCCUGGGAGGAUAGGGCGUGGGGAAAUGUACCGGCCUAUAGAGGGGAAACCACCUGGGAACCUCUCAUCGGAAGCCAAUAAAUUUAAUAAUAGACUACCGUCAUUGCUGUACACCGAUUGGCCGUCCACCAGCACCGCCGCCUAUCGGCUAGCCGAAAGUCGUGAAGCUGUGGCUUCCCAGAGCCCAUCUGGAAGAUCCUGUCGAGCGAGUGAACAAUCAAAACCCGAGUCCAAGGGAAGUAAGCGCCCGGUUCUAGCUGUGAUUGUGUUCACCAUCGUGAUCAUUGCUGCGGCAAUUGCAAUUGCUGUCACAUUGACCGUACACAACAAAGGCAAUAGCAGAAGACAAGUGCAGUACGUGGGAGAGGUUGUACUCCUUGACAACUGGACAAACGCCUUCGCGGACAAUACGUCUGUGGAAUACAGGGCGAAGAAGUUGACGAUAGAAAAUGAGUUGAACAGGGUCUUCCACAUCGGUAAAAUGGGGUCAAUCUACCAAAGCACAGAGGUCGUCGGCCUUAGGAGAGGCAGCGUGAUUGCUGACAUCAAGAUUAUCAUCAACAUGCCUGAUGAUGCCGUCCAGCUUGAUAAUGGAAACCGUACUGGUGACGUUUGAAGACUCGGAGUCAAAGGUCGAGGUCGGCGGAUUAAUCAAAAACUCCAUCAAAGAUAACGUAAAUCUGGAGAUGGAUACUGACCGGAUUAGUGUUAAAGUGGGCGUGAGUAUUACGGAAACGACAACAUCAAAGCCAGAUAUAUCCACCGAGCCGCCAACAACAAAAUCAACUACAUCGGCAACACCGAAGAAAACAACCACACCAAAAAGCACGACGAAAAGUACCCCAACAACAACACAAUCAGUCAGAAGCACAACUAGGACGAAAACAAUGUCAACCUCGAUGCCCACCUCAAGGUUUUCCACACCAACGCCGAGAUCUACCACAACAACGCCGAGGUCUACGGCAACUAUCUGGAGGUCCACCACAACAACGCCGAAGUCUAUGGCAACUAUCUCGAGGUCUACCACAACAACGCCGAAGUCUACGGCAACUAUCUCGAUGUCCACCACAACAACGCCGAAGUCUACGGCAACUAUCUCGAUGUACACCACAAUAACGCCGAAGCCUACGGCAACUAUCUCGAGGUCCACCACAACAACGCCGAAGUCUAUGGCAACAAUGCGGAGUUCUGUCACACUAACAGCGAGGUCUUCCACAACAAGGUCAAAAUCAACCUCACCAUCUCGGAGGUCAACAACAUCAUCUAGUACAACGUCAACACCUGCAACUUUUGAGGAUAGUGAUUUUACUGAUACCGACGUAAUAGGGAGAGUUGUGUUGUAUGAACCGUGGUCAGACAUGCUGUUAAGUCAGUCAUCGGUAAAACGCCAAUCUCUGGUUGAGGAAUUCCGGAAAGAAAUGCUCCAACUGUUUAAUGGAUCAAGUCUGGAAUCAAGAGUCGGCGAUCUACAAGUAUUAACUUUACGCCCUGGAAGUAUUAUUAUAUCCUUCAAAAUGACACUGCUUAAUGUCGUGAUUGUACCGGACAACCUUCAGCGAAAUGACCUAAAACCCACAAUUAUAGUGAUAACAAUGCACGAACUCCAUGAAGUAAUGCACAACAGAUCGACAACUGUCUCCCGAAAGUAUCAGUGGGACUCCAUGGAAAUGAAAGGUUAG